AUGGGUUGUUGGUCACAUUCGGGACUUCUUCGUCCCUCAACACUAUCUUCCCCUGUUCUAUCAAAUCUUCCACGGCUUUCUUCAACGUCCAACAGUUAUCAGUACUAUGCCCCUCAGCUCCUGAGUGAUAAGCACACCAGACGCCCCGUUGAUAGGAUGGUGGUUCCCGAGGACGGAAAUUAUUUUGUGGUGGUCGGGGAUUGUAGUGGUUCUGGUGAGCAGGCCGGCUUCUUUGGAAUGGAGCUGAUCCAGUCCACAGGGCAAUAUGUGGGCCUACCUCAUGAAGACCCGCAGAGGCAUAUUCAGAAUUUUCUAGAAAUUACGGAUACUUACAACUAUCCGAACGUUUCUAAGGACUAUGUCAGGCUGACACUUUUCCCCUUUUCUCUGCUCGGGGAAGCUAAGGAGUGGUUGAAUAAGGAGCCAGCUAAUUCAAUCCGCACUUGGGAUGAUUUGGCAAGGAAAUUCUUAAUCAAGUUUUUUCCCACCAAGAAAACAAAGAUGUUGAGGAGUCAAAUUCUUGGGUUCGAACAACGAGCUAGCGAGACACUUUGUCAAGCAUGGGAAAGGUACAAGAAGUUGCUCAGAGACUGUCCUCACCAUUGCCAGACGGACGAGGUAUUGGGUCACACUUUUGUAGAUGGGCUAGAUGAUGCUUCAAAGAUGAAUCUAGAUUCAGCUUGUGGGGGUAGCUGUAUGGCCAAACCGUACAGUGAAAUCCAACUCUUGCUGAAUACUUUCACUGCUAAUGAUAAUAACUGGCAAGGUGAUGGUGACUCGCGAAAGGCAGUUAAGCAAAAAUCAGCUGGGUUACUUGAGCUCGAUGAGGUGUCACCAAUGAGAGCCGAAAUUGCAAAGCUGGCCAAUCAGAUGACUAGGAUAACAAUGCAGCAGCCACAGCCAAUGCAACAGAAUCAGAAUCAGUAUAGACCCCAAGGGGGUUUCAAUCAGCCUCAGAGACCACCCCAACAAACGGAAGAGAGCACAAAUGAUUUACUAAAGAAGUUGUUGAUUGACAAUCAGCAGCUCAGGACCGACUUCAGAAAUCUUGAGAGGCAAAUGGGGCAAUUAGCAACAAAUAAAAACACUAGACCUGCAGGCGCUCUCCCUAGUGACACAGAAAAGAAUCCGCAAGUGAAUGCAGUUACACUUAGAAACGGGAGGGAGCUUGAGGAAGUGGCAAAGAAAAAGAAAGAUAAGUCUGUACGUGAGGGGGAGUUGAUCCCUAAAGUGACAAACGAGCCAGAGAAGAAUGCUGAAAUUCCAGAGCCAGUGGAGGCCCCAAGGCCACCACCACCUUUUCCCCAGAGAUUGCAGAAACAGAAUGAUGAUCGCAUGUUCAGCAAAUUUCUCUCCAUGUUGAGCCAGGUGCAAUUGAAUAUUCCACUUGUUGAUGUGCUUCGUGAAAUUCCAAAGUAUGCUAAGUACAUAAAAGAUAUAGUGGCUCAUAAGAGAAGAUUAACUAAAUUUGAGACAGUUGCACUUACUGAGGAGUGCACUUCUAGGGUCCAAAAUAAGCUCCCUCAAAAGCUUAAAGAUCCUGGCAGCUUUACGAUUCCUGCAAUUGGGUCUGGGAGCUCCAAGGCCAACUACUGUGAUGUUGCAGCUGGCUGGCAGAUCGAUAGCACACCCUGA